AAUAUGACCCAGACGUUGUGACCCCUGACCUUUGUGCCAUUCUCUGUUUGUCAAUGAAUCAAAGCUAUGCAGUUCUCAAAUCUGGGAAUGCAUGUUUCUGUCUGAACUCAUCAGUUGAUGAACUUGGAUCCAGUUAUGACACCUCAUCAUGUGACCAGUCAUGUGACUCCUCUCCAUCUCAGUCAUGUGGUGGAGAAAGACUGGUAUCAGUUUAUGAUGUUAAUGAUGUACCUUUGACACUGGAUGAUGUUCAGAUUGAAGAGCUUCAGAGUCAGAAUGACUUCCCUGCAUUUGAACCUGUGACCUUCACACUCACCAACCCGGCCACCUGGAACCAAACUGACGACCAAACAGUGACCAUCGACAUCAGCUUCGAUGAUGAAUAUCCAUUUCAUUAUGAGGGGCCUUGGCAGGAGGGAAUGACACUCCAACAUAUAUUCAGGGAGCCAGGUCCACAUGCUAUACAUCUCAGAUUAGUCCAAGUGGGACCAGGAUCUGAUUGGAUCCUACCCGUGUCGGUCCACAUUCCCGUCAGCGAUAUCGCCAUCUCCUGUCCCAUCCGUAACCCAGGGAUGCAGAGCUAUGACUGUGACAUCACUGUUGCUAUGGGAACAAGCAUGCAACUGUCGGCCUUUUUCCAGGAGGAUUCGGUGUUGGAUAGUUUCAACGUGUCAGAUUCUCAAAUUGAGUAUGUUGGAGUGGACCAUGUGGCUCCUGGUGACUCUGCUGUGAAGAGAUCACAAUUUACAUCUUUAUCUGCUACUCAGUCCUUUGGGGAGGUGUUGAAACCUUUACCUAUGGAUGAACGCUACAUAAAGGCCAAGGAUCCUGUCCUCAAAGAUGGGUUACUGGUUGGGAUUGAUCUUGAUGUAGAGGUUUCUGGCUAUGUCUCCUUGGAGGUCUUUCGCCCUCUUGCUGAUGAGAGUUCCACUAAGUGUGAAAACAAUACAAAGCCUGCUGAAGCAGUAUUGCCAGUAUCAACAAGCUACAGCUGUCAGAAUCAAGGUGGUUUCAGCUUCACCAAGAGAAGAUGCAUUAAUCCCACUCCUGACACAGUGCCACCAACUCUUCUGACCACCUACCAACUUGUGGCUAGUAUUGAUGUGACCCUUCCAAUUGUUGGAAGAUAUUUUGUGCCUCUUAAUGAGUUGGACAGGGUGAAAGUCCGCAGAGGAGACAUCCUUGCGCUGGUCUCCAAGACGGCUGUGGUUGUCAGGCGAUCGACCACAGUGGACCAAGAACUGGCCUUGGACAAUGGCAGGCUCACAGGGGAAGGCGUCUUAGAGUACGAUGGCGUCACAUCCGUGCCAGGAGAACAUCAAUGGAGGGCUUUGGUGGUUCUACCAUCUCGUAUCUGGGUCAGGAACACCAAUGUAGGAAUGUGGGAUACCUCGCUGGUGAAUGUCACCUUCACCAACCCUGUAGGAGAGAAGUUCAAGUCCGUUCUGGCUCCUACACAAUACCCAGGGAUAGAAAUUGUCACUCCACCGUACGGCUUGGUAGGUGAUGAAAUCCUCGUUGAAGCCAUCUUUGAGACUCAGCUGGAUAAGUUUACCUGGAACUUUGGUGAUGGCGAAGAAGUUCUGAUGAACCUAUGCAACAUGGUGCACCAUACCUGGUCCGAGCCUGGGCUGUACAAUGUCACUGUAGAAGGGAACACCGUCCAUGGUUCUGUUAUUUUGACGACAACCUUCCUUGUGACCCAUAAUCCUCCAUUGCCCAACAUCACACUAAACGAAACAGGGUCAGCUCAAGAAGUUGAGGAUGGUGUCCUCAAAGUAUCGGGAGAUAUGUCUUUGUCUUGGUACGUCUACUAUGAAGCACCCAAUGUCUCCUAUGAAGUUGUUUUAGGGAAUUCUUCUGAGGUUUCCUUGAUGGUUUGGGAAGGCUCACCUGAGGAUUCCGUUGCAUCCGCUUCUAUUGGGACCUGUGAUCUUGCUGACAUCAUGCUCAAACAUGAAAAUUGGGGAGCAACAUUAAGUCUUUUUUCAUCAUCAUCCUGCAUCUUACCGCUUUUCAUAGUAUCCCAGAAUGCAUUUGGAAAUGACACUCAAUCGCUAGACUUACAUAUCCUUGAGGCUAUCACAGAAAGACCAAUAAUCAACAUCACUGCCAACUUCACUGAAACAGGUGACGAUAAGUUUGUUGCGCAUGAUGAAGAAGUGAUCGUUGACAUUGAGAUUGUAAAUGGGCAUGGCAUCAUUGUGGAUAUCUUUCUAAAUGAUACCAACAUAACAAGUACCUGUAUCAGUUGGGAUGUGGUUGAUCGCAGAGCCAGUUGUGUUAUAGACAUGGUGGACUUGGAGUCUGGAUACUACAACCUCAAAGUGGAAGUGAGCAAUGAAUUUUCUCCGGUGUUUAAUUCAUCAGUUAAUUUCACUAUUCAGAUGAGAAUCACAAAUUUGAGGGUCCAGGUCGAUAACCUGAUUGAAACCGAGGUUGAUACGCCGAUUUGUCUCUUUGCUGAUCAGGGAAGUUCUGUAACGUAUGUCAUCCAAAUCUCUGAUGGGACAAACCUGACGGGGACUACCAAUCGUUUGCCUACCAACUCAUCAUGCCAGACAGAAGUACACCGGUUCAUGAUCCCUGGGAACAUAGCCUUGGUCGUUACAGCCCAGAAUGAGGUCAGCCAGGAAAAUGUUGUUGAGGAGGUGGUUGUAAUGGCUCCAGUCUAUACCCUGAUCAUUAAUGUCCAAGAGCAGGUCAAUCUAAAUGUUUCUCAAAUGGGAUAUGCCGUGGUAACAAUAGGUUAUACUGGUAGUCCUGCUCUGCAACCAGUGGAGGUAAAACUAAAUGUUACUCUGAUUAAUUCAGCUGACAAUUCAGUACACAAUCUUGAAUUUGAAGUGACAGAAGGAAGUUCUUAUCCUGUGAGUUUCCAACUUCCAUUCUUUUCAAGUGGGAUCUUUGUGUAUGAGUAUUUCCUAUUCAACAAUGUGAGCUUGGUAACGUCGACGGGUGAAAUUACUGCUGGUUCUCGGAUCCAGAAUGCAACAUUCAAUGUCGUCAGUCUGACAGUAUGGUCUGGUGAGAUAGUCAAUUUUACCGUAUCCCUUGUAGCUGGAACUAAUGUGACCUACAUGAUUGAUUUUGGGGAUGGUUCUGUCAUCCAGUCUAGCAAUGUCACCAGUAGUCUUGAGAUGGUGUUCAGCCAUACAUUCUCAGCAUGUUGGACUGAAGAUUUUGAUGUUGUUCUUGAAGUAAAGAAUUAUAUAAGCAUGGCUGAAGAUACUAUCACCCUGACUGUUAUUCCUUCAAAGUUUUCAGUUGUCAAUGAAGGGCCCUUUGCUAUUUCUGCCCCUCCACACCAUAUUGUCCAAGUACCAUUCUUUCUCUUUCAUGCCAAAAACUUCUCUGUGCCUGAUGAUGUUGUGUACAUUGCAGACUUUGAUGAUGGAGUUGGUGAGAGGGCUCUUGAUAUAACCUUUGAAAACUCCCCUUCUUUGGACACCAGCACUUCUACCCAUCUUGCUACCGUCUCAAAAUCAUUUACUUCUCCUGGAGCAUUUAUUGCCACCUUUCUGUUCAACACUUCCCAAUUCUUUCAGGAAUGUGAGAUUCCAGUUGAUGUUUAUGAAGAAGUGUCUAAUCCAAGAGUUCAUGUUUUCUUUAACUAUGGGGAUGUCACUGACAAAUCUAUGGAUGAGAAUGCGUUCGGAACUGACAUUGACCACAUUCCUCUUGAUGCUUCAGUUGUUGUAGAAGCCCUUACAACAGGAGGUACAACUCUACUCUAUGAAUGGUCAUUCGGGACCAGAGAUGAUUCUGCACUGUUUGAAAUUCAGCCUAGUUAUUGGAGAGGAGAUUCUCAUCGCAAUGCUUGGAAGUUUAGAAGCCCAGGCUCUUACAUGGUCUCGGUAAACAUUUCCAAUGCUGUAAGUUGGGAAGUGUCAUCAUUGACAGUGGCUGCUCAGUCCAAAGUUUCUGGUCUUUCCAUCGAAGGACCAGGUAUUGAAGUUGGCAAUAAAUCAUUGAUGUUCACACUGCAUUUCUCAAGUCUACCUACAGAAGCUUGUAUCUUUGUAGACUUUGAAGAUCAGUCAUCAAAACCAUCAUAUUUGGCUGUAGCUGGGGAUUCCAGCUGUGCAACUAUGGAUUCCCGCUUGGUGAAUACCCUCGAUGACAGACCACUACAGGUUCUUGAUCUGACACAAAUGUGGAAUGAUGGCACAACAUCUAUUGAUGUGUUUAAUGAGUUUGGUACUACAGGGGUAUUCUCCAUUAAGGUCCUUGUUCAAAACAUUGUAUCACAAACUCGAACGUCCACAGAGCAAGUUAUCAGAAGUCAGGGAUGCUAUCCUCCAGUGAUUACAUUUGGACAUACUGGUGAACUUUCCAUCCUUGUGUCUCAAAGACUUGGUGUCAAGACAACAAUCUCACUCAACUGUACAUCAUCAAAUCUAGUGUACUACAUGUGGCAGGUUUACUAUAUUUUGGACAAUGGCACUCUAGAAGAAGUGGCACUUCCUUCAUCCAUUGACUCUGAGGGCGCAACUCAGUCAAAGAUUGUAUUCCCGGCUCGUACGUUCUCUCCUGGUAAUCAUGUGAUAUCUGUGACUGUAUCAAUUCAGGAUGAGCCUGGUUUGGCAACCGUUGCCACUGCGAAUGCAUCAAUUGCUGCAAGUGACCUUGUGGCAAUGAUCAUUGGGGGUGAUAAGCGAAUCGUGUCGUAUCAAGUCGGUGAAUCCAUGUCGUAUCAGGAUCUCUUUGUGGAUGGUUCCUCGUCCUUUGACCCUGACAAGGAAUCACAGGAUCAUUCUGGAUGGACUUUCACCUGGCUGUGCAGAAGGAAAAGCUACACCUAUGCCAAUGGUACCAUCAUCGAAGAUCUCGAGACCUUUCAGGUGUGGAAUCAAGACUUUUCCAUGCUCUUGUCUGACAGUGUGGUCAACGCUGACUUUGAGAAGGAAGCAUUUGAUGUUGGAGGAUGCUUUGGACUUCAUGGAGGACCUUCUAAUGCACCUUUACCAGGAGGACUUUUGUUGGAGCAUUCUGAUGUGGUUGCCAUGGAUACACGUUACGUGUACCCAAACAUGGUGUAUGAGAUGAAGCUCCAUGUGUCCGAUGGUUUUAGGAAUGCCACUGCUCUACAAACCAUCUAUGUUAAAAAUGGCUCCGUUCCUGAUGUAUCUCUAGAAUGCGAGGCAAACUGCCAAAGGAAGGUCAACCCUCAGAAUAAAUGGGUUAUAAGAGUAAUCCAAUCUUCUACCUUUGUUGAUGAAAUCAUAUACUACAAAUGGGAGCUGUCAGAAUACCGAAGCAAUGUAAAGCACAGAAUAUCACCAGAUGCAUGGCUACCUCAUUCUUCACUGUCAAACCAAACCACAACAUCAUCCAACUAUCUCCUGGCCAUAGAGAGUGGAUUCUUUGAGGAAGGCGGACAGUAUGAGAUAGAUCUCAUGGCUUCCUACUCUCCCUCAUUUAGUACAACAGCUGAUAUGACCAUGACCCUUGACAUCGAUAUGGCUCCCUACGGUGGCUCCUGCUCUAUCUCUCCUCUGGAAGGCACGGUGGCGGUGACUAAGUUCUCAUUUACCUGUCGGGAUUGGAUGGUGGUGGACGAUGAUUGUCGUCCCCUGCGCUAUGCUGUCAGGUCAAAGGUCAGGGGAGUGGAAGAGACAGUGUCGUUGAGCACACAGGACACCAACAAUGUGUGGUCCCUGAUUUACUCUGACACUGAAUCAUCCUCUUCAGACUUGUUACUUGCUGCUGGGUUAUCUGAAUAUGAUUACAUUGUUUAUAUCAAAGUUCAGAUUAGUGACAUCUUUGGAACAUAUGCUGUGGAUUCCAAUAUGGAAAUAAGGGUGCAUCCAUUUAACAUGACCUCUUCUGUUGAUCUGGCAGAGACCCUCACUGAUCUGACCAAUGCUAUGGUCUCUGAGGCAUCUACAGGAUACAAUCAACAGUCUACAAGCUACGCUAUGGUCAUCUCUGAUAUGCUUAACACAGAUGCAUCAUCAGGAUCUAGCCAGCCUGAUGGGUCAUCAUCAAACACUGGUCUGAAUUCAGAAAUCAAGAUGGGAAUAAGGGAACGGAUGGUGACAAUUCUAGGUGGCUCAUCCUCAAUCUCUGUUGAUGAUGUGGACCGCAUCUCAUCAGUACUUAGUCUAGCUACUGAUGUUCCAAGUGAAGUCUCCACCUUGGCACAAGAUGGGGCUCUAGGAGCAACAGAGAAGUUGACGAACACAUUAGUUGGUAUUCAAGAAGAAGAUCAAACGGCUAUUGAGAGACUUCAACUCUCUGCUUCUUUACUUCUCAAAGUCUGUGAUAAUGUUGUUGAUGCCGCCAUAGAGAAAAUGGACUAUUCUGAGAAUGAUCAGGAUUCCGUCACUGUCCUAAGGAACUCUGCAGUACAGAACACCCUAGUCAGGUCUGUAUCUGUUGUGGAUAAGGUCUCAGAGGUCCUUAGCAACAAUGUGAUUUCAGGGGAGGGUCCGGUUACCAUGGAUGCAGGAAACAUCAGGGUCAAAGUUCAGAAAACUGAGAGCAAAGACGUAGAAGGUAACUUUGAAGUGGAGCCUGGAUGUAAUCUUGAUUUUCCAUCCGCUCAGAGCAUGUUUGAUGUUGAUGCUACGUCAGGUGGAAUUCAGUUUAAGGCAGUGAUGUAUCAACCCAACAUGCGACCCUAUGCCCAAGGAGCAGCCGGAAUCAACAGCAAGACAGUCUCCUUCCAGUUUAUUGAUAGCUCCACCAAAGAUGUGAUUGAGGUCAAGAACACCAUUAAACCUAUCACCAUCACCAUCCCUCGUAUCAAUCAACCUACCAUUACAUUAGAUAAUGAGACUGUGACCUCGUUCAGUCAAACCUAUGGAGUAGGGGGACCCAUUGCUGUUCAUACUAUUGAUAUCCCAGAUUUUAAUGGAGUAGAGUUUGAGGUGAGAUGUAUGGGUUUCACGGGAAUGGAAUCAAACUAUACCUACAACUGUACUCUCAUUGUUAUGAUAACAACCACUGGUCUGCCAGAAAUAGGAAGCAAUGCUUGGAACUGUACCUUGGUCCAGACUGUAAGCCUAUCAGACUACCCUCUGUAUAACAGCUCUCUGGUGGAUCCUUGGAAUAAAAGUGAUUUCAUAUCGGUGGAAGGAAACACAAGAUGCUUCAUUGAUAAUAAUCAAAUGAAUGAAUUGCUCAUCAACGGGACAUACACAUCAAUAAACGUUGGAGUGAGAGAGCUAGCUAAUGAAGCCAAUUGGAACGAGACCUAUGCCAGAACACCCAAUGCAACAUUUGAAUUCAAACAUUAUUCCUUCAGUCCUACCUUACAUAGCUGUUCUUACAUCAAGGAAAGAGAAAGUGAAUCACCAUGGAAGAAAGAUGGGUGUCAGGUGAGUCCAUCCAGUAACGCAUCCCACACCUCCUGUCUAUGCAACCAUCUAACCAUGUUUGGUGCUGGGUUCCAGAUACCAAUGAAUCGGAUUGACCUCUCUCAGUCAGCCUUCACCAAGCUGCAUGAGAACCCAGUGGUCUUUGCAUUCAUGACAUGUUGUCUCUGUAUCUACCUGGUGGUACUCCUCUGGGCAAGGAAAGCUGAUAAGAGAGAUCUACUCAAGGCUGGAGUGACUCCUCUGAUAGGUAACAACCAUCAUGAUAAAUGCCAUUAUGAGGUAACCGUCUUCACUGGUGUCAAGUCAGAUGCAGGAACCACCGCUCGUGUCCAUAUCAUCAUCACCGGGGAUCACAAUGACAGCGGCGUCCGCACCCUCCAUGACCCGAAACGUAAGGUCCUCCAGAGCGGUGGCGUUGAUUCCUUCUUGCUGACAUCCUCCAGGCCCUUCGGAGACCUCAUGCAUGUAAGGAUCUGGCACGAUAAUGGUGGGAAGAGCCCUAGCUGGUUCCUCUCUCAUCUAUCAGUCAAGGACUUGAAUACCAAUAAGAUGUUCUACUUCAUGGCUAACAGAUGGUGGGCGGUGGAGGAGGAUGAUGGAGCGAUUGACCGAGUGAUUCCAGUAGCUGGACGUAGUGAACUGACCAGCUUCACCCAUCUCUUCUCAACCAAGACUAGGAAGAACCUGAGUGACGGUCAUCUGUGGUUCUCAGUCUUCUCCAGACCACCCAAGAGCCGCUUCACCCGGGUCCAGCGCGUAUCCUGCUGCCUCUCUCUGCUCUUCUCUGCUAUGAUGGCUAAUAUCUUCUUUUAUAACGUUGAUUUUGGUAGUGGUGGUAACCAGACGGUGUAUAGUCUUGGUCCUAUUAGCUUCUCUAUGGGUGAGGUAGUGAUUGGUGUCAUUAGUAGUCUGAUGGUGUUCCCUGCUAACAUCCUUGUAGUACAGAUCUUCAGACUCUCAAGGCCUCAACCCAAACAUGCAAGGAUUUGUUGUAUGAAGACGAAGCAGCCUAGAGUAUCAUCAGCAGGAAGAAGGGACGUUGCCUCCCGCCUCUCCUUCGCCUCCAGUAUGGGAUCAAGAGAGCUCAGGCAGCAGCUAGAUCUGUUGGAGAGGGGUCAGUCAACACCCCCUCCACCCACAGUCUCUGCCCAUGUCCAGAGGACUAACCUCACCCGGGUUAGUUCUCCAUCGCAGGUCCAGCUUGACCCUUCAGAGUUCCAGCGGUCCCUUUCCUUUGACUCCUCCAGUCUUGGUAGUGACCGCACCUCGUCACCGCACCUCUCCCGUAUCCCUGCUCUCACCACGGAAGCAGGAUACAAGAGAAUGCAGUCGAAACCACCAAUGAGGAAGAAGAAGAAGUUUGAGUUACCAUGGCAAUGCCUUUAUUUUGGUUGGGCCUUGUUGAUGACAUCGGUUGGUGUUGCAUUCUGGUUGACCAUUGAAGUGGCUGGUCAGUUUGGCAAGACCAAGGCAACAGAAUGGCUGGUAUCGAUGUGUAUAUCUCUCAUCCAGGAUGUCUUCUUCACGCAACCUCUUAAAGUUCUCUUCCUGGCAUUCUUCCUCUCUCUUCUCUUCAAGAAACCUGAGAAGGAGGAGGAUGACAUCCCACCUCUUGGAGAGGAUGAGGAAUGGUUGCAUGAGAGAGAUGGAGAAGGAGGAGGAGAGACUCAUCAGGGUAUUCCUCCAGGGAUUUCCCCUCCCAACCCUGAUGAGCUCGCUGCUGCAAGGGAGUUGAGAUUCAAGGAGAUCAAAAUGAAGAGCAUCAUUCGAGAAAUUAUCUUAUACAUCAUCUUUCUAAACAUUGUGAUGCUGAUAGCAUUCGGUGACCGGGACCCUCAGGCAUUUUACGUCAAUAAAUCCAUGAAAGAUGCUUUCGUGGAGGCUCAAUACCAUGGCCUCAUGAAGUUUACUAAGAUUCAAACGCGAGAGAAAUUUUGGAACUACACAGAGAAUGUCUUCAUUCCGUCUCUCUUCUCCGAGACAUGGUACAAUGGAAAGGAGGAUAUCCAAGGUAUCAAACAGAGGAUGGUCUCUGGGAAACACAUGAUGCUCAUUGGGAUGGCCAGGUUGAGACAGCUAAGAGUAACGCAAGAGCCUUGCAUACUACCAGAAGAGAUAACAAGUGCAGGGAUACAGUGUAAACGCACCUAUUCAUUCAGUGAUGAUGAAGAUAGAGACUUCGCACCAGGGUGGAAACCAGUCAAUGAAUCAGAUCCUACAGAUUAUACAACCCCUGAAGGAUCUGUGUGGAAGCAUAAUUCCUGGACUGAGAUAGAUUCCUUCCCGUAUCUUGGAAAGCAAGCUACUUACAAGGGAGGAGGCUAUCUAGCUGAGAUCCCUACUAAUCCCACAGAUGCUAUGGCUCGGAUGCAAUACCUUCGAGAAUCUUUUUGGCUUGAUCAAUCCACCCGGGGUGUCUUCUUUGAGUUUGUAACCUAUAACCCUAUCAACAACAUGUACUGCAUAUCAUUUCUACUCGUUGAAUUCCCUUCACAAGGGGGUGCAUUCCCGUAUGUGAACUUUCGCACCAUUCGUCUUGAUCGAUACCAGGGAAGCUUUGCUUAUUUUGUCCUUGCCGGAGAGGUGGCCUACGUCCUCUACCUUCUCUACUUCACCUACCGGGAGAUCAAACUCUUCAUCAAGAAAAAGAAGGAGUAUUUCAAAAGUUUCUGGAACAUGCUGGAGGUAGUGACCCUGGUCAUGGCCUAUUGUGCUAUCACGUUCUAUCUGUAUAGAUUGUUUAUUGGUCGGCAGCUGAUGGAGCAGUACCGCACAAACCCUGACAGCUUCUUGAACUUCCAGUAUGUCUCCCAUUGGGAUUUGCUGUAUCGCUACAUGACUGCCAUGGUGGUCUUCAUUGCCAACGUCAAGUUCAUGAAGCUGUUUCGAUUCAACCGUCGCCUCCUGAUCCUAUCCCUGACCCUCAAGAACGCUGGUCGUGAAAUCCUCUACUACCUGAUUGUCUUUGGGAUUGUCUUCAUGGCUUUUAGCACCAUGGCCUUCAACAUGUACAGCCCAUACCUCCUGGGCUUCAGUACCUUUGGAUCCACCAUCGUCACCCUCUUUUCAACCAUGCUAGGAAAGUUCAAGUUUGCCGAGAUGGUCCAGACAAGUCGUCAUCUUGGCCCUCUGUUCUUCUUCUGCUAUGUGAUCAUCAUCAUCUUCAUCUGCCUCAACAUGUUCCUGUCGAUCAUCAACGAGGCUUUCGCCAGGGUUCGGCAGGAGAACUCCAAGAUGGACAAUGAGCUCGAGAUCGUUGAUUUCAUGAUGGGCCGCUUUAAGAAGUUUGUUGGGCUCACACGACAGCAAAACACCAAGAAGAAGAGAAAGGAGGAAGAGGAAAAAGAGGAGAAGCAUUGUAUUGAAGAUGAUGAUCCAAUUGAAAUGGGAUGUAAGGAGAUGGAGACCAAGACACAAGAGAUGAUCCUUCGUAUGGAAACCUUUCUCAAGUAUAACCUUACACCAGAUGAUAUCAAACUCACAAAGAGGAAGAUCGUCUUCUCAGAAUAAAUUAUUUAUUAAUAGAUACUUUAACAAUAUAGCACUUAGUAGAAAAUCUCAAUGAAUUGACCAAAUAUGACCUUCUGUUCUGCAAACCUUUUUAUUAUUAUUAUUAUUCAUUUAGCAAAGAAAAUUACAAAAAACAAUACAUUUCAGUGUAAACACUACAAGAUAAUAAAUAUCAACCAUUGGAACGCUUGAGACAGAAACAGUUAACUUAAUUACUCUGGCAUAAAGCCUCCUGUCUCAAUUUGAAUGGUUGAUUUACAAUAUAUAUUAAUAACUGAACAAUAAUAAAGUACUUGUAAUGUAAAGGAGUGUAACAUAUGCGGCAACAGUGAUAGAAAACAAUACGUGAUAUAGAUAAUAUAAAACUAUGGGCAAAAGAUAAGUGGUAACCAUACCCCCCUCCUCAGUUAAGAACACAAAUCUUAAACCUUAAUCCCCUAAUUAAGAAUUUAUUCAAAUCUUUAGUUUACUGAAAAAAAGGAAUAGAUAACUCUACAGUACAGAUUCCAUGACAUUUUGAAUUUAAGCUGAGUUUACAGGACUUUAGAUUAUGUUUGACUUAAAAAUAGGAUUUUUGAUCCAUUUGCAAAUCUUCCAAAUCCAACUUCCUUCUCUUUUUUCCCCCCAAUGCUUGGAACACACAUAGGUCUGUAAUGAAUAGGUGCCAGAGUCAUUUUGUUUGUAUGUGCGGAGUCCUGCGUUUGCCCUGGUAAUGAUAUAUUAUCCCAAUAAAUCAGGGAGAAAGGCUAUUUUUAUUAUGUCCCUAGCAUAAAUUCAAAUGCAUUGUGAUAGGGCAGGGGGUAUUAAUCACCUUCUGUGAUUUUUCUACUUUUAUUCUGACUUGUAAAUGUUAAUGCACUAGGUAGAGUCAAGAUACAUUUUCAGAUUUACCAAUUUAUCCUUUAUCAUUCCAUUCAGAUAUUCUUAGGGGAGUAGAGUUUGGAUUCAAACGAAGGUCAAAGAGUAUCAUUCAAUUAUUCAUCUAUUCAUGACCUUUGCCAUCUAUACUUGAUUUAUGGUUACUUAUCAAAGCAUUUUUCUUUUUUUGUAUUCUUUGAAUAGAUGAAAUCAAUGAAUUAGGAUAGACUUUAUUUUACCACAUCUCAAUAAAGAAAGUACUGUGUUCGUAUAAUCAUGUCAGCGAUGUUUACCUGUAUGUAUCUUUCCUUAAUGCAGUUUCUUUUUGAAGUCCGAGAUUUGGAUAAUUAUCAGCAAAUACAGAGAUCUUUAUCUUUCUCUCUUUAUGUCCAACUGUCUAUUUUUCUUUCUCUUCAAGACAUCAUCUGUUGUGUCAUCAGGUCCAAAGGGGCAUAUGCAAUAUUUUUUUGUUCUUUUUAUUAUGAAUGCCAAGAAAAAUCUGUGUUGUUAGUGGCAGAAUAAAUUCUGAAAUCUAACACA